CCACACUGGGGAUCACACUCUAUGGGAAGCCUUUUUUGUCCUCUACUGCAACUGCCCAAAAGGCACAGUUACAUACUUUUGCAAAAAAAACAAAAGGAAGAAUCUCUGGAAACCGGGGGAGUUGGCAGCUUUUGCCAGAUGUCGAGGCUGCCUUUCACAUCACCGCCUGGAGACAGCAUGUUUGGCCUGGGUCACACCCACCUGGAGUUGGCAGGAAACUAAAUUAAUUCCCCUAAAGUUGCCAGGACUUCCCAAGGAAGCUGCAGCAGCUCUCGGUGCCAGCUUCCUGGCGGUGGCUCCUCUCCCAGUGACAGUGCGUAGCUCUGACCUGGCAGGAAUGGCAAUGAUGUGCGAUCAAGAGGACUUCCUGCCCAUCUGCUUUGUCACCCUGGUCUUCCUGCAGCUCCCACUGGCCAGCAUCUGUCAAAACUGUGGGACAGACUCUUGUGCAAGUCGAGGCAGGUGCCCUGGCAUAGGAGGUGUGUGUCCAGCAUGGCAGGAAGCUGAAGCAUCUCCCAGCAGCUCGGGCUCAAGAGGUCCCCAAAGCUUCCAAGAUGAGGGAGGGGCAGGGAGAAAGUGCCCUGGCCUCCCACACAUGGCUAACCCAGCCCUUUCUGAUCUGCCUCUCCCAGAGAAAGCUGACUUUGAUGUCAUUGGGCCUCAUGCCCCUAUUCUGGCCAUGGCUGGGGGACAUGUGGAGUUACAGUGUCAACUGUUCCCCAAUAUCAGUGCCGAGGACAUGGAGCUGAGGUGGUACAGGUGCCAGGCCUCCCUGGCUGUGCACGUGCAUGAGAGAGGGAUGGACAUGGAUAGAGAGCAAAAGUCGUAGUACAGAGGAAGGACAACCUUCGUGAGUGACCAUGUGGCCGGAUGCAAGGCCAUGGUGAGGAUUCACAGGGUCACAGCCUUUGACAACGAGACAUACUGCUGCCACUUCAAGGAUGUUGUAAAGUUCGGCAAGGCCAUUGUGCAGGUGCAGGUGGCAGGGCUGGGCAUGGAGCCCAGAAUCCAGGUGAUGGAACAGCAGGAUGGAGUCAAGGCAGAGUGCACAUUAGCAGGCUGGUUCCCCAAGCCCUGGGUGGAAUGGCGAGACUUCAGAGGCCAGGCUAGGCCUGCUGUGACCAAUCUCUCAGCCUCGGCCACCAUGGGUCUCUGGGCUGUGACGUCCAGCUUGAUGCUCUGGGACAGGGCUGUGGAGGAUCUCUCUUGCUCCAUCUCCAGCCCUCUCCUCCCUGAGAGGAGGAAGGUGGCUGAAAGUCACCUGCCCGCUACCUUCUCCAGAAGCUCCCAGUUCAUGGCAUGGAAAGCGGCUCUGCCUCUGUUCCUUGUUGCAGUGGGACUCGUAAUAGCUGGAGGCAUCUGCAUCUUCUGGAAAUGUCAAAGGGAAAAGAACAAAGCAUUGCUGGAAGAAGAGAGGGAGCGAAGAGAAAAGGAGCAGAGGCGACCCACCAGCAGCAACGAGGUUGAGCCAUGAGAGGUGAGCAGCGAGCCCCGACAAGGCACAUCCUGCCCACCCCCCAAACCCAGGACCCUAACACGAAGCCCUGAGCCGAGGCUUCAUCCAUGUGUCCUCAAACACAGUAGGAAUGCGAUGGCCGAUGAGGAUCCUCACUCUGGAAUUGCCUGAUUAUGAUCUAGCCAGUGAGACCAUCUGUCUCCUAGCAAUCCCUUGGUUAGUCUUCACUGGCUGAUUUUGGGCAGGCUGGUUGGACUCUCUCUUGAAAACGGACAGAUCUGAGCUUGAACCCCAAGUCUGAUGGGUGUGGGCUGAGGGACCUGGUGUGAGCCCUGAGCCACUCUGUCUGCUGGGAGUGCUGAUACCAUCCUGAAAGAGUGCUGCAGUGACCAACAAAGUAGCAUUUAGAGCAGGGGCCGCAUAGGGGAGGGUUUGCAGUUGCAAUCAUUGUGAUUAUUCUCAAUAUUGACUGUGCCCAUCAUUCAUUCACUUCACUCACUUCCUCCUCUGUCAUUUCAGGAGUUGAGGACUUGUCCCUAGACUUCAGAGCCCUAUUUGCAGCUGGUUGUAAAGACUGCAUUAUGAUAGAGUCGUUUGUGGUGGCUUGCAGCUGUCAUCUAGCAU